AAUAAAAUUUUAAUGAAAGAAACCAAAGGCAGUAAAAGGAAGGGUAGCCAAUUAUACACAUCCUCUCCUUUUCCUUUAUUCCAUCAUAAAUUAGAGCCCAUCAACCACUACAACUACAUGAUUAUAACAAGUGAGCUCUCACUCAGAAGGUGUCUGUGUGUGUCUUUGUGGCUUGCCAAACAUGGUUUCAGCUGUUGCUCCACCAGCUCCUAAGGAAGUUCCAUCGGAGUAUUCAUGGGACGAAAAGGGUCCUCCCCGCGAAGCCAAAUGGUGGUACUCAACUUUUCACACUGUCACAGCCAUGGUUGGAGCAGGCGUUCUCAGCUUGCCGUAUGCCAUGGCCUACUUGGGAUGGGGUCCAGGGACAAUAGUGAUGGUCUUAUCAUGGUGCAUCACCCUGAACACGAUGUGGCAAAUGAUACAGCUCCAUGAGUGUGUUCCAGGGGUUCGAUUUGAUCACUACUACGACCUCGGUCGCCAUGCCUUCGGGCCAAAACUUGGGCCAUGGAUAGUGAUACCACAGCAGCUAAUUGUCCAAGUUGGUUGUGACAUAGUGUACAUGGUCACUGGAGGGAAGUGCCUCAAGAAGUUCAUGGAGAUAGCAUGUACAAACUGCACCAGGAUCAGGCAGUCCUACUGGAUUUGCAUCUUUGGGUCCACCCAUUUCUUCCUGUCUCAGCUCCCAAAUUUCAAUUCUGUUUCUGGGGUUUCAUUAGCUGCAGCAAUUAUGUCACUGAGCUAUUCAACCAUAGCCUGGGUUGGUUCCUUGACCCAUGGGCAAGUUGAGAAUGUGAGCUAUGCAUACAAGAAAACCAGUGGAGCCGAUUACAUUUUUCGUGUUUUUAACGCGUUGGGUCAGAUUUCAUUUGCCUAUGCUGGGCAUGCAGUUGUGCUGGAAAUUCAGGCAACAGUUCCAUCCACUCCAGAAAAGCCCUCCAGAGUACCAAUGUGGAAAGGCGCUGUUUGGGCCUAUUUUAUCAAUGCUAUUUGCUAUUUUCCGGUAGCUUUCAUUGGAUACUGGGCAUUUGGGCAAGAUGUUGCUGAUAAUGUACUUGUGGCACUGGAGAGACCUUCAUGGCUCAUUGCUGCUGCUAACUUAAUGGUGGUCAUCCAUGUGAUUGGCAGCUACCAGGUUUAUGCAAUGCCAGUGUUUGACAUGCUGGAGACGGCAAUGGUUAAGAAGUUGAACUUUCCCCCAGGAAUUGCACUAAGAAUUCUAGUUCGCUCUGCCUAUGUUGCCUUCACGCUUUUCAUUGGUGUCACCUUCCCUUUCUUCGGCGAUCUUCUUGGUUUCUUUGGUGGAUUUGGUUUCGCCCCAACUUCUUAUUUCCUUCCCAGUAUCAUAUGGCUGGUGCUUAAGAAACCAAGGAGAUUCAGCACCUCUUGGUUCAUCAACUGGGCGUGCAUAUACAUCGGACUGUUCAUUAUGUUGUCGUCCACAAUCGGGGGUUUGAGGAACAUCAUAGCUGAUUCCUCUUCCUAUCACUUCUACACAUAAGAAAUGAUGUGAUUAUGCAAGAAGUGAUUGAUGUUCUCAGCAUGUCUUUUCAGUAUUGAGCAAGAUUUCAGGAGAACUGCUAAAAUGUCGUUGUCUCGAACCCCAUUUGGAUGCUAAAUUAACCAGGAAAAUAUGUCCGUAACAGAUGGGAUUAAUUCAUUUGUGGAAGAAAUUUGAGUAUUUGGGCCAAGGAACUUUGUUAAUUACCGAUGCCUUUCCAUAAUGAAUAAAAAAGACAAGUCCUUCUUGAUUUGGCUUUUA